AUGGGAAACAGCGGAGGCUCAAAUCCUAUAGCAGUAAAGGGGAGUACAAUAAAAAUGGUUAAAUAUAAGUCCAAGCUCGAACAGCCGACCGUCCUGGAUCUGAGAAAGGCCAUAGAAGAAAGUCGAGGAGUCCCUUUAGAUCGAAUGAGGCUCUUUUAUAAGAGUCGUCCACUGUGCGAUGAUGCACUGAUCUCUGACUUCAUCUUUGAAAAUAUUCCAAUGAUACAUCUGUACAUGAAAAUAGAAGGAGCUGUGGAGAUGAAGAUCAAAAUUCCCACUGACAAAACUGUAGUUGUAAAGUAUGAUUGCAAACAGUUCCAACAGUCGACUUUCCUGGAUCUGAAAAAGUCCAUAGAAGACCAGGAAGGAAUCCCUACAGGUCAAAUUAGCCUCUUUUAUAAGAGUCGUCCUCUGUGCAAUGAUGCACUGAUCUCUGAAGUCAUCUUUGAAAAGAAUCCAAAAAUAGACUUGAACUUGAAACUAGAAGGAGCUUUAGAGGACACAGUGCACUCUUCAGUUGAGAGGACCAGAGAGGUUGUCCUUCGGUGUCUUAUGGAAUACCUUGGAGAACAAGGGGACCAUCUCAUCAAAGAAUUCAACGACACUGAGAACUUGGAGGAACUCCAACAGCAGCUCAUAAUGACUAUCACUGUGACCUCAACGCCUGGAGCUUCUGCAAACGACAGGCCCAAGAACGUUGGAAUUGUCAUAGAGGGUGUGGAAGUCAUCACAGGACUUGGAGAUAUUGCAAGGGCUUGCUCCAUGGAGAUAAAAAUGCCCUCUGGCAAAACUGUAGUUGUAAACUAUGAUUGCAAACAGUUCCAACAGUCAACUUUCCUGGAUCUGAAAAAGUCCAUAGAAGAAAAGGAAGGAAUCCCUACAGGUCGAAUGAGGCGCUUUUAUGUAUAUGAGAGUCGUCCACUGUGCGAUGAUGCACUGAUCUCUGACUUCAUCUUUGAAAAGAAUCCAAAAUUACAUUUGAACUUGAAAAUAGAAGGAGCUGUAGAGAUUAAGAUGGAAACGCUCUCUGGCAAAACUGUAGUAGUAAACUAUGAUUGCAAACAGUUCCAACAGUCGACUGUCCUGGAUCUGAAAAAGUCCAUAGAAGAAAAGGAAAGAAUCCCUCCAGAUCAACAGAGGCUUAUUUAUGAGGGUUAUCAACUGGACGAUGAUGAUGAGCUCUCUGAAGUCCUCUCUGAAAAUAAUCCAUCAAUACAUUUGAUUUUAAGAUUACCUGGAGGAGGUAUUCCCUUCGAAACCAUUGCGAGAGACAGUAUUGGAUCAAAGUAUAGUGAUAAGAAUACAACAACAAAAAUGAUUGAAUAUAUAUCCGAGCUCGAUCAGCCGACCGUCCUGGAUCUGAGAAAGGCCAUCCAAAAGAGCAAAGGAGUCCCUUUAGAUCGAAUGAGGCUCUUUUAUAAGGGUCGUCCACUGUGCGAUGAUGCACUGAUCUCUGAAGUCUUCUGUCAAGUACAAUGGCCAAAGAUAGAUUUGUACUUGGAAAUAGAAGGAGCUGUAGGGAUGGAGAUAAAAAUGCCCUCUGGCAAAACUGUAGUUGUAAACUAUGAUUGCAAACAGUUCCAACAGUCGACUGUCCUGGAUCUGAAAAAGUCCAUAGAAGACAAGGAAGGAAUCCCUACAGGUCGAAUUAGACUCGUUUAUAAGAGUCGUCCUCUGUGCAAUGAUGCACUGAUCUCUGACUUCAUCUGUGAAAAGAAACCAAUAAUAGUUUUGAAAUUGAAACUAGAAGGAGAUGUAGAAAUGAUAAUAAAAACGCUCCGUGGCCCACCUAUAGUUGUAAACUAUGAUUGCAAACAGUUCCAACAGUCGACUGUCCUGGAUCUGAAAAAGUCCAUAGAAGACCAGGAAGGAAUCCACACAGAUCAACAGAGAUUGAUUUAUUGUAGGGCUCAACUGGACGAUGAUGAUAAGCUCUCUGAAGUCCUCUCUGAAAAUAAUCUAUCAAUAACACUGGUUUUAAGAUUACGUGGAGGAUUUGAAAAACCCAAAACCACGGGUGACGGAGCUGGACGGAGAGGGAAACCAUUCCAGGACCAUUCCAGAACCAUUCCAGAACCAUUCCAGAACCAUUCCAGAACCAGUCCAGACCAGUUCAGCCACGACUCCGUGAAGCUGAUCAAGUUCGCGGACGACACCACCCUCAUUGGACUCAUCUCCAACAACGAUGAGUCCGCCUACAGGAGCGAGGUGGACCGGCAGGUGUCCUGGUGCAGUGGUAACAACCUGGAGCUGAACGCCCAGAAGACAGUGGAGAUGAUUGUGGACUUCAGGAAGAGCACUGUCCCCCCGCCCCCACCCUCCGUGAUGGACUCCCCCAUCACCUCUGUGGAGUCCUUCCGUUUCCUGGGCACCACCAUCACCCAGGACCUCAAGUGGGAGCCGACCAUCAGCUCCCUCAUCAAGAAGGCCCAGCAGAGGAUGUACUUCCUGCGGCAGCUCAGGAAAGCCAAGCUGCCUGCACAGAUGUUGGUGCAGUUCUACACGGCCAUCAUCGAGUCCAUCCUCACCUCCUCCAUCACCUCCUCCAUCACCUCCUCCAUCACCUCCUCCAGCACCUCCUCCAGCACCGUGUGGUUCGCUGGAGCCACAGUCAGGGACAAACAGAGACUACAGCGCAUUGUGUGCUCUGCAGAGGAAGUGAUCGGCCGCAGCCUUCCAUCGCUGCAGGACCUAAAGAAGGAAUUUGAAGUUAUAAGAAAAGACAAGAUCCUGCACUCGCAGAGCACAUACCCCGCCAAGACAAUACAACCCAUCUACAAAACAAAUUUCACAUAA